GUCACAACUGCAAGACUAUAAGAUGAAGAGAGAGUGUAGCCAGUUUCGUCAUGAAUUUUUAUAAAUUGUGUAUAGUCGCAUGUUCCUGCUUCUGUUUCACGCUCAGUCGUGAAACAGUAGACGUAAGAGUGUAUUCAAAGUUAACAGAAGGAUAUAAGACCUUCCGAAUUCCUUGCCUGGCUCGUUCUGCGAAUGGAACGCUCCUAGCUUUUGCUGAAGGACGUGUGCCAUUGGACAGACCUCCCGUUGGGAAUAUGUCAACGUGCUACGGUGCUGAAGCCUCUCUUGCGGACGGCCACUGUGUCGACAAGGACAUUGUUGUCAAAAGAAGUUAUGACGGUGGGAUGUCAUGGAGUGGCCCGGAUGUGCUCACUAAAACUAAUAAGACAUACUUUUAUUCAAACGUCAAUACUGCUCUUGAUGCUCAGGGACGGAUUUAUUUGAUUUAUUCGAGAUGCUCUGUUGAUGACUACUAUGGCAACUGUGUGGAUGUCAUUCAGCUGUCGGACAACAAUGGAGAGUCAUUCACCUCUCCAGUCUAUUUGUCGCAUCACGGAAGGAUCGGUGGACCAACUGGUGGCUGGGUAGUUCGAUAUGCAAUCGGAAAACCAUUUCAAGGCAGAAUUAUAGUGCCUAAACAAGGAACGUUAACAACAGUUUUAUAUUCAGAUGACAGAGGUUUGACCUGGAAAUAUGUUCCAGGGAUAUCGAAUGAUCAGUUGACCGGUGAAGCUGCUAUUGCUGAAGUAUCUGAUGGCUCUCUUGUUGCGGUCAUGAGGUAUGGCUAUAUGCCUGUGUUUUUUCGAUCAAUGGAUGGUGGCAUGUCAUGGACAAGAUUCAAUACAUCUCACCUUAUAAAUCCUAACUGUGAGAUGUCACUGACUACGUUUGCAUCUGGAAAAGACGACGAGGAGACAAAACUUUUACUGUCACAUGCCAAUACAAAUACAUCACCAUCUCCUAAUGGACGUCAAAACAUGACGAUUCACAUGUCUAGUGAUGGAGGCUUGAACUGGGUUGCAAUUGCUGACAUCUACAAUGGACCAUCGGCAUAUUCAUCGACUCUCCAAAUUAGCAGUACAACUGCAGCAUGUCUCUAUGAGAGGUCUGAGGGAGCACCUCCUGUUGCAUUUGAUUCCAUCAACAUUGCAUUUGUGCCAGUAAAUUGAAGAGACCAAACACUGCACUGUAUUGCAAUGCAACUGACGUGUGUGUGUGUGUGUGUGUGUGUGUGUGUGUGUGUGUGUGUGUGUGUGUGAGAGAGAGAGAGAGAGAGAGUGUGAGUGUUGUAGAAUUUGGCAUUUGAUGCCUCAAAUUUUUAUUGUAUUUUGUCAUACUAUUGUUAUGCUCAGAAAGCCUGAGUUCGAGUUCAUUACUGCCACAGUAUAGUAGUAGUACUGUACCAACU